AUGCUGAUCAAACUAGCCCAGGUAGCCGUCACCAUCCUCGCCUGCUGGGUGGCUUCGGGAAUUGUCUUUGGGUUUGCAGCACUCAAGCCAGUGCUCCUGUCUGAAGGAGUCUACGAAGACCUGUGCGACAAGGAAGAAUUGCAGGACAACGUGGAUGUCUGCUUUAAGCAAGAACUCAAACUCAAUCUCUUCUUCACCAUCGCCUCCAUCACGGCCAACGUCUCAGCUCUGCCGGUUGGCACCAUCCUCGACCGCUAUGGUCCACGGAUUUGCAACAUCGCCGGCUGCUUCUGCCUGGCCGCAGGGACCUUACUGAUGUACUUUGCCUUCACAAUUCCCCGAUUUGAUGGUUACAUUAUCGGCAACUUCUUUCUGUCGCUGGGUGGCACUUUCAUCUUCGUUCCGGCUUUCCAAAUUGCCAAUGCUUUCCCUAAACAUGCUGGGGCCAUUGUCGCGCUGGUGACCGGCGCCUUUGAUGCGUCCGCGGCGGUGUUUCUGUUCUAUCGACUCGCUUACGAAGCCUCCCACGGGGCUCUGAAGCCGCACAAGUUCUUCUUGGGCUACCUGGUCGUUCCCAUCCUGAUCCUGAUCGCUCAGUUGACGCUGCUUCCGGCUCGACCGUACAAGACAGCGCAGCAGCUUGAGGAAAAGAUUGAAAAGGCGCAAGAUCCAACACGAGAUGUCCACGAGUCCGACGACGAGAUCGAAAGCGAGACGGAACUUGAGCGAGUGCGCUCCAGGCGCCGUGAGAAACGGCACGACAAGAUCCGCAAAAUCGACCAGAUCCUUGGGACCAAGGACCAGCGACAGCAGCGGGUGGUACAAGAGGAGGAACGACAGAUGAACAGUGGCGUCUGGGGAGUCCUCCAUGGCCAGCCUGCGCGGAGACAGUUCAUGUCGCCGUGGUUCAGCCUCAUCACCCUCCUCACGGUGCUGCAGAUGUUGCGCAUGAACUACUUCAUCGCCACGAUCCGGACUCAGUACGAAUACAUGUUGGAUUCGGAGGAGCAAGCGGCACGCAUCAACAACUUUUUCGAUGCUGCACUUCCGGUGGGCGGGGUGUUUUCCACGCCGUUUAUCGGCCUGCUGCUGGACCGGUUGAGCGUGCCGAUGAUCCUGGCCAUUAUUGUGGUUCUGACUACGGUGAUCGGAGCGCUCAAUUGCCUUCCCUAUGUGUGGGCAGGCUAUGCAACGGUGACCCUGUUCGUUUUACUUCGACCGCUCUAUUACUCGGCCAUGUCUGACUAUGCGGCGAAGGUGUUUGGUUUUGCAACGUUUGGCCGAGUGUACGGAGCGAUCAUCUGCAUUUCGGGCGUGGUCAGCUUCUCGCAGUACGCGCUGGAUGCACUGAUGCAGGGGCCGUUUCAUGGGAAUCCGACGCCCAUCAAUAUUGUCCUGGCUGCUGCGGGAUUCUUCGUGGGGACCGUGCUGGUCUUGUUCGUCCGGACCAAAGGAAGGCAGAUCCGGCGGCGACAGCUCGAGGAAGACGCGCAGGCCGAACGGGAGCGAUUGAUUCCGGAAGUCGAGGAGGGCGAGGAGUAUUGA